AAUGGCUUCGAUAUCUCAACUGUUUCCUACAUUCUGUUGAACUCACAUUUCCUUGUAGGGUUUGAUAAUUUGCUCUCAGCGUUUUCUCUGUAAAUUGACCAAAGUUAAAAACACUCCUUUUUAACGGAUUUUUGAUUUGACGAAACCCUAAACUUGGAGGUGUGGAAUUCGCGAGUGGAUAAUGAUUGAAUUGAGGAUUUGAGAGGACGUUUCGGCGACCUAUAUUCUCGGAUUUGUAGGCAAGGAUAUGGAUAGAUCAAGAUCGAAGAGGUCUUACUACGACCAAGACUAUGAUUCGGACAACCUACCCCGGACAAAACAGAGAUAUAAUCCACAUAACAACUACCAUCACGCGCCGCAGUCCAACCAUCACCGCCGGUUUGUCUCAAAUGGCGCCGGGAACAGCGGCGGAGGUCGGAAAGUGCAAGACCCUUCGUUCAUGGUGACUACGACUUAUAGGAUCUUGUGUCACGAUGUGAAGGUGGGGGGCGUAAUUGGAAAGUCCGGCAGCAUUAUUAAGUCCAUUAGGCAGCACACGGGGGCUUGGAUUAACGUGCAUGAGUUGGUGCAAGGGGAUGAGGAGCGAAUCAUCGAGAUUUCUGACACUCGGAGGCGGGACCCAGAUGGCAGAAUGCCCGCAUUCUCGCCUGCCCAGGAGGCCUUGUUACUAGUGCAUCAGCGGAUAUUGGAGAGUGAUGCGGAGUUUGGUGGUGAGGAUGGGGAUGAGUAUGGAGGGAGAGCUGGGGGCGGAGGGGGAGCUAACCGAGUGGUGACUAGGCUGGUGGUUUCAAGAGUACAUGUGGGAAGCUUACUUGGGAAAGGAGGGAAAAUUAUUGAGCAAAUGAGGAAUGAGACUAAGACCCAUAUUAGGGUGUUACCCAGAGACAACAAUUUACCUCGCUGUGUAGCAAUGUCUGAAGAGAUUGUUCAGGUCACUGGAGAAAUGAAUAAUGUAAAAAAUGCCUUAGGAAUAAUUUCGUCACGCUUGAGGGAGAGCCAACACCGUGAUCGCAAUAAUUUCCAUGGAAGGUUGCAUUCGCCUGAACAUGUUUUUCCUCCAAGUGACGAUUUUAUUCCACCCGUGCAUGAUUUGGGACGCCGAGCAUCUGUUGAUGGUUCUAGAUUAUCUAGGAGUCUCAACACUUCCCGGGGUUAUUCUAGUAAUUCCUCUCGCCCUUCUGGUUAUGCCAUCGAAUCAGGUGGCCCCCCUUUCACAGACAACAAUGAACAGUUGAUUACCAGUGAAAUUCUUGUGUUUAGAAUUAUUUGUCCCGUUUAUAAGGUUGAUACCAUUAUUGGGGAGUCAGAUGGCAUUAUAGACUUGCUUCAGAAUGAUGUUGGUGUGCAUGUUGAGAUCACUGAGCCUGUUGCUGGGUUCAAUGAGCAGAUUAUUAUCAUAUCAUCUGAUGAGGGACCUGAUGAUGAGCUCUUCCCUGCUCAAGAAGCUUUGUUGCAUAUACAAACAGCCAUCGUUGAUCUUGUUUCAGAAAAGGAAAACAUAGUCACAACUCGGUUAGUUGUGCAAUCAGAUGAGGUCGGAUGCUUACGAGGGGUUUCUGAGAUGCAGAAAAUAAAUGGAGCAGUGGUCCAGAUUCUUCCAAAGGAAUCCGGUCUAUCAGAAACCGAUGUGAUUGUACAGAUUGUUGGCGAGAUAAGAGCGGCUAGGGAAGCACUUAUUGAGGUUACCACAAGGCUAAGGAGUUACAUUUAUCGAGCGCUGUUCGUGAAAGAAACAUCUCCUAUAUCUCCCCCCAGCCCUGUAGGGAGUGUUAGUGGGACAGAGACUGCUUCUGCCAACAACUAUUCCUCCUUGUCUCAGGAAACUCGUGUUUUAACUGAUCCUGCUGCUUCAGCCCUUCAAAAUGGAUUGAGUAUACAAACUCCCCAUCCAUUGAAGGAAGGUGGAGUCCCUGUGGGUGAGACAUCAAAUCAGAAUUUCGGUGAACGCCUUAAAGAUAUGCCAAGUGCAUUGAAUAGAAUACAUGUGCCAUUAGUCACUAGAAGUACAUUGGAAGUAGUCAUUCCACCACACGCGGCUCCAAAACUAAUAACCAAAUCUAGAAACAAGCUUGCUCAGAUUAGUGAGCUGUCGGGGGCUACCGUCAAAUUGAUUGAAGAUAGACCAGAAGAAACAGAGAAGAUUAUCCAAAUAUCAGGCACUCCUGAUCAAGCUGAAAGAGCUCAGAGCUUGCUUCAAGGAUUUAUUUUAAGCACUCAAGAAGAUGGUCCUUGAAAAGACGUGGACGGCAGAUUUGGAACUGCUGACCGGCAACGUGCCAAGUUAGCGUGGCGUUUUCAUUGGUGAGGUGGAGUUCCUGAGAUAGACACACUAGAGUCAUAGAGUGAGUGUCUUAGAUAGACCAUAAAAAAGGCAUUAUUGGUAAAAAGGCGUAAUGCGUGUUCAAGUUUGUCGUCUUCUUUUCAAAAUGUGGUAAUGUCAUAUGUAAUGUUUUUGAUCUCCAAUAUUCCCUGCUUGUAAUAUUCUAACACUAUGUUUGGUUCAAGGAUUUUUGCUGGGAAAAGAAAAGAAAAUAGGAGGAAAAUAUUUUUUUAUGUUUGUUUUGGGUCGCCGUUAAGUUUCUAACGGAGGGUUAACGGAAAUGCCCGUUUUAGGCAACAAAAUGAAAGUUGGGAUUAUUUUUGAUGAAUUUUUGUUUUUUUAUUUUUUUAAAUUUUUUAUUUAAAUUUUUUUAAUUACUUUCUACCUCCAUCAUCAUUUUUUUUUCCUUUUUUAAAGAUUAGUCUUAGUUUAAAAAAUAAAAAUAAUAGAUAUAAAAAAUGAAAACACGAGAAAUGUAACUAAAAUGAUACGGAGUACAAAAGUAAUAAAAUAAAUAAGGUAAUCAAUGGACACUAAUUUGAAAUUGGUAAAAGUAAAAUAAAAAUAUACGGGUGGGUUUUAAUAUUUUACGCAUUAUACAAAGUAUUAACAUAUCACUUCUUAUUUUUUAUAAAAAAUUAUCUACAAUAAUUCCAACUUUACCGGAUGGCUUGUUCUUUUAGAAAAUAAGUUGUACAUUAAGACUCCGUAUAGUGUGUAAAAUGUUAAAACCCACCACUCCGUAUAUAUUUAUUUUAUUUCUUACCAGUUUCUGUUUAAUUUCUAUUGAUUACAUUAUUUAUUUGAUUAAUUUUGUAUGGUUUUAGUUAUUUUUCUCAUUUUCAUUAUUUUUUAUAUCUAUUUUUUUUCUAAGGUAAGAAUAAUCUUUAAAAAAGAAAAAGAAAUGGAGGUUGAAAGUAAUUCAAAAAAUUUAAAUAAAAAUUUCAAAAAAAAUUAAAAAACAAAAAUUCAUCAAAAAUAAUCCCAACUUUCAUUUUUUUGUCUACAACAGGCUUUUCCGUUAACCCUCCGUUAGAAACUUAACGGCGACCCAAAACUGGCAAAUUUCAAUAAAGUUGGGAUUAUUAUGCAUCACAGUGAAAGGUGGGAUUAUUUUUGAAAGACCGGGUAAAGUUGGGAUUAUU